UUCUGUUUUCAUCUCUGACUGCUUUUGGGGGUUUUUUUUUACUUUACCAUUUCUCUUUGCUUAAGAUCUUCAUCUUCUUCUUAUUAUUAUUAAUUUGUUUCCAUGGCGGUUUUGCCUUCAAGCUCGUCUAGCUUGGAGUUGACCAUAUCUAUGCCUGGCUUUGCUUCGUCCCGGUCUCUUCCUUCAUCUGUGAGGGACUUGGACAUAAACCGAGUACCCUCAGGAGGAGCAGAAGAAGAAUGGAUGACGAUGAAUUUGGAUGAUGAAGAGGAAAGCAGCAACGGAGGCCCUCCCCGCAAGAAACUCCGCCUCACCAAGGAACAGUCCCGUCUCCUUGAAGAAAGUUUCAGACAAAACCACACCUUAAACCCGAAACAGAAGGAGGCUUUGGCUAUGCAAUUGAAGCUGAGGCCACGGCAAGUUGAGGUGUGGUUUCAGAACCGUAGGGCCAGGAGCAAGCUGAAGCAGACAGAGAUGGAAUGUGAGUACCUGAAGAGAUGGUUCGGCUCGCUGACUGAGCAGAACCGGAGGCUUCAGAGGGAGGUGGAGGAGCUGAGGGCCAUGAAAGUAGGCCCUCCCACCGUGAUCUCGCCCCACAGCUGCGAGCCCCUCCCAGCAUCCACUCUCACCAUGUGCCCCCGCUGCGAGCGUGUGACCUCCACCUCCCACGAUAAGGGUACCACCAAGACCCCAACCACGGCCGCCACCAUCUCCGCCAAAGUUCAAUCCCAGCAAUCUCCGGCAGAUUGUUAAUUAUCAUGUGUAAUUAAUGACGCACCCAAUUAAGAGAAAAAAAGAAAAGAAAGAAAAAAGGAAAGAUUAGUAGGUUAGAUAAUGUUCAUAGAAGUUAACAAAAAAAAAAAAAAAAACAAUGUGUUUGGGAUGCUGUUUUUAGUAUCAUUCUAUAUAGUUAGUUCUAAUUGCUACUACUUUUUCUAUCAUGUUGCUCAAUGAUGCCUUGUUUACCUAGGAAACUAAGGAAAAAUAACCGAAGUUUGAAUAGAAUUCGAAUUCCAAUAUUUAAUUUAUUUUGUCUACAACCGAGUGGCCCAAGGAAAAGGCCGGGGACAAGAAAAAUAAAGUUGCAACCUUGAACCAACAUAUAGCAUGGUGGGAGUGGGUUCGGAAUAAUCUUCGGAUUCGUUUAAAGUAGCUGGUGGUUGUUGCUUAUCAUGCUGUCCCGAGAAAUUAUAGUAUAGAGAAUACUUGUUUAUGCACUAGGAAUUCACUAUGCUAAGGUUACGUACGUAAGUUAGGUGAUUUGUACAAUUGUGAGACUUAAUUGAACCCGUACAUAUAGGGUUGGUGGUUUGAAAGAUUAUUCUGUCA